AAGAAUUGAACUAUCUGGUGCUAUGAAUGUUCAAUGGAACUUAUUCGAGAUAAUAAGUUAUUAUAAAUAUAUUCUAUCUUCUUAAUUAAAUUAAUUUUUAGGAGCCAACAAGAGCUCCUAAGGUUAAUUAUGUACGAAGUUCCAAUAACACCUCAGUCAUUAAAAAUGAAGAAUGCAGUUAAGAGGAAAUCAACGUUAGCAAAUCAUAUAAAUAAAAAAAACGGUAUAUCAAGCAUACCAAAUUUAAAAGAUGUAAAAGGCACAACAAUAAGCAUAGAAGUAAAUAACUUUCCCAAAGUUAUAGGACUACAAAAUUUAGGAAAUACCUGCUUUCUUAAUUCUGUUAUCCAAUGCUUAGCACGAACACCAUAUUUGAUUAAUGUAUUGGAAAAUUUAUGCACUCCAGGAGAAAAAGUUGUGAUACCAGGAGGAACAUUCAAACCUAAUCCUAAUUCUGAAGAAGAAAUAGAAUUGCCACCUAUUAUAUCCGAGUUGGAAAAAGUAGGACAAUUUACUGCAGUACUAUACAAAAUCUUGAAAAAUAUACAGGAUAGCAAAGUCCAACAAUCUUUCAGUCCAAUAGAAUUAAUAAAUGCAUUGAAAAAGAAAUCUUUGCAAUGCAUGGACGGCGGGCAACAUGAUGUGCAUGAAUUUCUUAGACAUUUGUUAGACGUAGUACGUACUGAAGAUUUAAAAAGAUUUCAAGCGGUAAUUAUAAAAGAAUUAGACGUACGAAAUAAACCACAGGAAACUAUAGAUAGUGUCGUCAAAGCUAAGGUCAAAUUUUAUGGUAGCCAAAUAAAUAAAAAAUUACUUGGCCCUGAACCUAUAUUCAGGGGAACUUUAGUUUCGACAUUAAAAUGUUUGAAGUGCACACAUUCAUCCCAAUAUAUUGAACCAUUUUUAGACUUAAGUUUACCAGUCAUGGCUAAUAAACCACAUCCUCCUGCUUCUAAAAGAAAAAAUAAUGUAUUCGAGGAAACCUAUGAUAUAAAAGGAAACAGUUAUCCAAGUCCUGUUAGCAAUUUGUCGAAACAUCAGCAGAAAAAAGAAAAGAAAGCUGCUAGAAAAAAGCGUAAAAAUAGACAUAUUUCCGUCGACCAGUAUUACGAGGAUAUGUUAGCGAAACCAAUUCAAGUUAUAGAAGAGAACGGUGUGUUACAAUCCGACCAGAGUGAUGCAGACGUAGAAGAUAAUGUUGAAGGAGAGAGUAUACUUAGAGAAGUUGGAGAAUCUGGAUACAGUUCAGAAAAAGCCUCGACAUUUUCUAGUCCUGUAUCCCCUACCAAUGAUCAAAUUAAUAGCAAUCAAAAAGCAACUACACCUGACAAUCUGAAUGAACUUGAAGAGAAAAUUCCGGAUAAUAGAUCGAUAGAUAAUAUGGAAAAUUCUCUAGAUUGCAAUACUGUUGACGACAGUGCCUUAAACGAUUCAAGUUUUCCACCAAUGAAUGACAUAUUGCCAUUACUUGCAACAGAUUCUGAUAGACACAGUUCGGAUAGUAAUUCAAAUCAUAAUAAUCAGGAAUUAACAGCGACUCCUAUUAGCAGUCCUGUUGCAUCCAAAGGUAGUCCUACGAGUUCUUUGUUAGAUGUACAAAAUGUGCCAAGCAUAGACAAAUUAGAAAGGAUAGUUUCUAAUAGUGACGAUGAUUCUGUCACGAAUAAACAAAUUUUAUCGAAUUCUAACGUUCGAACUGUUUCACAUAAAAACAAAAUGACUAAUGGUAAUUCGGAAAGAGAAGUUAAUGCUGAUAUUAACGACAUAACUUCUGGUUUAUCGCAAUUGGAUAUUACUAAUAAUAGCCAUCAUUCACCUACCAAAUACUCAAAAAAGGAUGAAUACUCUAUACAAUCUUGUUUAAAUGAAUUUACGAUGUUAGAAUUAAUGUCCGGUAGCAACGAAGUAGGUUGCGAAAAAUGCACCGAAGCAGAAAAAAAGGUUAAACCAAAUUUUACUAAAAUGGUUCGAACAUCGCAUACCAAACAAUACCUCAUAUCCUCCGUUCCACCAGUUUUAAUUUUACAAUUAAAACGAUUUCAAGCAUGUAACGUUUCUUAUAGAAAAGUAGGUAGACGCGUUGAGUUUCCAAUGAUGUUUGAUUUAUCUCGCGUUUGUAAAAAUACCAAGAAACCAAGAAUGUAUGCUCUCUAUGGCGUUGUUGAACAUAACGGUACAACGAUUGAUAAUGGACAUUACGUUGCAUACGUGAAAACGAGAAUGCCGUUAGAAGAAAAUGAUUCAAGGUGGUCAUUUUUACCUAAAAGAGAUAGCAAAAAUGUUGAAGAGAUUUUAAAUGAUGUCAAUUCUGACUCAGAUGAAGCGACUGCCAAAAUUGCUGAAUCGAUAGAACCACCACCAGGAAAAUGGUAUUACGUUUCUGAUACACGGGUAACAGAAGUUGACGAAACUACUGUACAAAAUUGUCAAGCUUACCUUUUAUUUUACGAAAGAAUUCUUUGAAAUUUGUUUAUUUAUUUAAUUAUUAGAACUUCGU